AAGCAAUCAUCGAGAGAAAGCAAAAGUUGCAAAAAGUAUUAAAAUAUACUACAAAAAUGAAAUUUAUUUGUGGUAGAAAAACGUCAUUCUCCAAAGCAAGAGUGGAUAGCAGAGUACGCUUUUUGAAGAGUUGCUUAAUUAAACCGGAAUGAAAAUCAGAGUUGCACUUGCACCUUUUCCUGCAUCAUAUUAAUUGCUAUAAGUAUAAAGUAAGACUUCCAAGAAGACGAACAAUCGUAAUCCAAAAAAAUGUUGCGCGAAUUGUCCACGUUGGAGCUGUAUAACAGCAUCUUGCAACGACAGCAGAGGUCGGAUUACAUUUACAUCUACGAGCUAUUUGAGACUGGCGAGUACGCGGCUAAACUAGCUGUGAAAUCCGGCAACUUCUUUCGACAGCGGAGAACGUAUCUGCAGGGAGUGCAAGAUAGAGAAGAAGAAAACCGCAGAAUUGCUCUCGCGAGUGAACAAGCUGAGAAUGAAGAAAAUCCCAAUCGUAAUUCACGCUCAGAACGCGGAAAGAAGGGCAAAGGAGGUGGUCUCACAGGCUCUGGAGCUGUGUCUCUGAAAGCGUUAUUCGCACAAGGCGUAGGCGGCGCAACCGAAACAGCUGCUGCUACUGGCGGUGCCUCGUCGUCGUCUUCUAGUAGUUUGGCAUUGGCUUUGGCAGCUACUUCUACUUCUUCUUGUUCAACAACUUCUGGUGAAGAUGCAAUCAAGAUCAAGCAACAGAUUGAAUUGGAACUGCAACAGGCGACUGCGAGUGGGGGAGGCGCAUCGUCGAACUCGAAUUUCGAUGCAAUCGAACCCACUACGAGCACCACGUCAGGCGGUUGUGAAGCGGCUGAAAUGAAAGUUAUGUUUGUACGAAUGAUUAAAUGUAAUGUGGAGGUGAUGAUAGAAUAUUCCGAGAAGCACGGCUGGUUCUGACCGAAACAGCGGAAUGAUUGAAGAGUCUCUAACAUUUGAUGGCUGAAACUCAAACGUGCGUCUUUCAUUCUAAAAAACACGCUAGAACUAGAUUCUCGCUACUGUUUUUUGAACUGUCCGCUCUCUAACAUCAGCGAUCAUGGCAAAGGUCGUGGAAAGACAGGUCGUGGAGCCAAAGACAAGGGCGGAAAUGCUGGGCAUAUGGGCGGGCUCGAGGCAGCUAUCAAAGCAGUGGAUUACAUGCUAGGACACGAUGUGGGGACGAGUAAGAUACCUUUCCUUAUCGAGUCUACUACAUCUACGUUUUUACUCCCUUACGUUUGUGCACCACGACUACAUAAAUUUCAACUCCACGCCACGUCCACAAUUGACGCUUACUUACAAUCACAAGAUCAACAGGUAAAAGCAGCCACUCCGAUGAACUAACCGCCCUUUUAACCUCACUCGAUUGUGACGAGGCUGUCGAAACCAGAAGAAGAUGGAAUAAUCUGCGAAUUCGUUGUACGUCAGGCGUCUUGCAGUUGUGUGGAGACCGCAUUUUUCGCGAUGAGUUUUUCGAUGCAUUAGGCGUCCUCGACCUUCCUAUGGUCGAAGUGAGCAAGAGCACCGCGUCGAGCUGCAUGGAGGAGCUGGAGCACAGUAAUAUCAUCCCUCCAUCCAAGAAAACUACCUCUGUAGCAGACAAAGUCUUCAAUUCCAUGCAGAGCUCUCUAGGGCUCACAAGUCCGCCACAGGGGAUGUUGAUGCCUAGGGAUUUGGAUGGGAAUCCUCUUUUCGCUGAAGCUAGGGGCUCAGCGUCUCACGGGAAGCGAUCCAAGAAUUUUUACAAGCAUUCUUAUGCAUCUUAUGGAACAGGAACAUCUAGGACAUCUAUGUAUCAGGAAGAGCAAAAUUUCCGAAGUAGUUUAUUUUAGAACUACCGUUUUAAAUGCAAUCUCAACCACAACUAGUAAGUAAUAACGUGUCAUUGGCAUAGUCAUGCGAAAUCAUUCUCUAAUCCUUCCAUCCCGUUCCCGAAGACCCACCAGUGAUCGUGGAUGUGGGUUCGGCAGCUGAACCCUCUGUCGCAAGAUGGAUGGCUGCUAUUACGCGAGACAGGACUCAAAGAGCUGCGGACAAGAACACAAAGCUGAAAUCUGGUACUAGUACGAAGUCCAGUGCAGUGAGUAAAUCGAGUUCGAAAUCAAGUGCUAGUGGAGUGGAGAAGAGCAAAUCGAAGAAAGCAGCAUCGAGUGGAACAUUAUGUUGCAUUUGGGUCACAAAAAGUUGGACUUCGAGUUUGCUUUCUUCUUCUUCGUCCUUGAGAAGUUCUUGAAACAAGCAGCAGGAGGUUGUAAAGGUAAAAAUAGAUACUCAACAGUAAUAAAUUCAUCUUCUACUUACUAGUGUUAGUACUAUACAUAUUUAUAUAAUUAGAUUUACUGAAUAUUCCAUCGCAUAAUUCCGUAACCUCUAACCUUCUCCGCCUCGUCUUCAAAAAAACUCGCUAGCAGCGCUGUUCCAAAGAAAGCAGCACAGAAGAAGUUCCCGGACGCCAAUAUCAUCAAAAUGGAGGCAGCACAGAACAACCUUGGCGAUGAGCUAGAACAAUUACUUAUGGACGGGUGAGGGUGACUUGGACUUCAUUGGUGUUUUUGUUUUUCUUUUGUUCAAACUGAAACAAGUUUUCGGUUAUAACAAGUCGUCGAAAACACAGCUAAAAACGCCGCUGUGCUAGGACUGCCACCAGUUGCUUAAUACCACACGGCGCCACUCGCAUUCUCUAACCUCCUCGGUUUUGUGAACUACGAUGAGCAGCUGCCAGGAGGAGACUCAUCCGCCUCUCUGCUAGCGUUUGCCGAUGCAGCCAUUUGUGGUACUACUACUAGUACUUCUAGCGGCACAUGCUCUGCCUCUGGGAAGACGAAGAACUACUCCGGAACGGGCUCUCCCAAUUUUCUACUCCAGUCGUGUCCGAUAAAAGCGAGUCAAGAUUUAAUUUCGAAGGAACUGAAAAAGCCACAUUUAAGGCUCACUUUUCAUUGGUCACCACUUAGAUUCUUUCAUCGGGGUUUCUGACACCGAAGAGGAGACCCCCUGAGAGAACAGGGGAGUAAGUACUUCUUAGGGAAAACAAGUAGAGAGGUGCAGUAGUUCAGAAUCAGUGACCAAUGAGUGUCGACCUUUAACACAUAUCACGUGCUUUCGAGACCGGUUCCUAGACCAUAUUGCGCAAGAGCAUCAAGUAAUUUUCGUGGUGAGACAAGCACCCAGAGCGACGUCAAGAGUAGAUGACUACGAUGACGACUGUGGCGUAGAUCCGCUGGCUUUGGCUGGACGUAGCACUGCUGGUGUUGUGCAGAAUAACGACCAAGAUGCGGACUCAGUUCCGUCGCCGAGACAAACGAGACCAGAUUACAAAGGUACUCAUUAAAGAGAAGUGUUAGAGCUGUUCCUUCAUGAGCAUGAAUGACACCAAAAAUGAUGAACAUUUUCUUGAUAUUGUAAAGCUACAAACACAUCACGAGAAGAGUGCUGCAUGAACAUCAUGCUCUGAUCCUACCCCCAGGUCUGCUACCAACACGCUUAUGGCAGUUUCUUGAUCGUAUUGCUUCUGAAAAGACGGCAUACUAUCAACAGAUAUCGGGUGAAAGACGGAAAGAGCUCUACGGAGGCAACAUUGGACCGCGGAAAUUGCGAUCGCGGCUGUUGUCAAAUUUUUCGUUUGUUUAUGGCAAGCUCAGUCGUCGUCGCGUAUUAUAAUCUGUUGCACUCGCAUUUUUUCUCUCCCAUCUGCAGAUGCAGUAAUCAGAACAUGAACAGGCAACAAGGAAGGUAGUAUGAUGAUGUCCUAAAAAGUUAGAAGACCUUGUUCUCUUGUUACUCUCUUCCUUACUUCGGUAGGCAAGUACGACGCGAACGGUGUCAACAUUAUUCUAAUCCCUUCGCGUGCAAGAGCAUUUUUCUCAAAGCUUCAGCGAGGAGUUUGAGGAGACGCAGAGAUUUCGCUAUUUCCACCAGAUGCCCACUGUCAACUGCCACGAAGCAGGUCUCGGACGAUUGAUGAGCUACUGUUCUGCCUUCUCUUCCAUCCAAAGAUUACGUGCAGGUAUCCAGAGCACCUUGGUUGGUCGAGAUUUUCAAGUCCUAGUGGCCAGGGACUAUGCGAAGGGAGGUGGAUGCACAUUAGUGCCUUUGAAUGUAGGCGGGAAGAAGAAUAACGAUCAUGCCUUUGAAUGUGGACGAGAAGAUGCUCUGUGUACUAACAUUGAGGGAGCAUUGGCAUCUGGAUAUCAGCAUCUGUUCGGAGCUAGUGCUGCUGGUGCAAAAACAACUGUUUUGGCGAUCACAGAUCACCAGCAAGGAGGUGGACUUGAUGACGAGGACAACAGAACAACUGGUGUCACUUCUUGUUCAUCUAGUUGUAACCAAGCUGACGUUGAUCUCAUUACCACUGUAUGGCUCUGGUAUUUGGUAACCUGAAUUUGAUCCUAAGGGUUCUCUUCUUGUUUUCCCUUAGGAUCAAACUCAGGUUCCCAAAUACCAGAACCAUUCAACCACAUUGAGAAGCGGUAAUGCUAGCGUCUGUGGUCCAGGCGACCUCUAUCCUGUUCUUUUCUCAAAGCAAAGCGUGAUGUUAGCAACGCCUCAAGUACCUCCUACGAUGGGUGCUAACGUUGCCGCAGUAGGGAAGGGAGCAGGAUCGGGAGGUGGAGCAGGACCAGGAGGUGGACAUCAACAAGUGUCUGCUUCAGCAUCUUCUAGUAACGACCAGCAUGACGUCCAAUCAGGUGCUGCAGGGCAUGCUAUUUCUUCUUCUACUUCAUCUACGACUUGUAGUGGAACCGGUUAUGACAACAGUUCAUCUAGUAAUAUGAGCAAGCAACAGGAGGAGGUUUGCAACGAGAAGAAUAUGCAGCAAAUGGAAGUGGGUAACGUCCAUGCUCAGGUUCUAGACCUCUUCAACUGCGAAUUAGGAUUGGGCAGUGCAGAGGACCUGCUAGAAAGUUUCAAACUAGCGCAAGAACUCACUACAACUUCGUCGAAAGUUGAACAAGGAUCUUCAACAUCCUGUUCUUCAUCAAACGGUGGUGGUUCAUGCUCAUCCUCUGCUGGUACCUAUUGCCUAGCACCAAUAGAAUCGGGAAGGAGCAGCAAUCCAAGCAGUAAAAACAACGACACUGAAAAAACGACAUCAAAAAGUACUAAUAGUAGUUCGACCUUUGCCGGCAGCCCUUGUAGCGAUCUGAGCAUGCAAAGUUCCAGAGGAUCUGGCGGGGUAAAGCACCUUGGCCUCCCGUCAGCGGAUGAUGGUUUCUUAUGAACACAGAUGCUAUUAAUUUGGACCAGAAUCGUGCGAAUGGGAAUGGUUCAGGUAUUUGGUAACCUCAAUUUGAUCACAAGGGUUCUCUUCGUAUUUUUCCUUAUGGUCAAAUUCAGGCUAUACCAAAUACCGGAAGCAUACAGAAUGCUCGCGACUGUUCCUUCCUUGCUAACUUCGAAGAAAUGCGUCCGCAUUUUCGCAGGGUACUAAAAGCGUGAGUACUAGAACUAAAAGAACCGUUUUCUUUCACUCUCUUCAGUUUCUUGCUCUAAUACCCGGCAGCCGAGCAGCCUCCUCGGAUGAAGAGGCCACACACCUGGACGAAUUGAUGACUUUUGUGGAUUCUAGCGUUAUUAACCCCAAUACGGAGGCGGAGAACCAUAGAAUGCUACGUGAGGAAUUUUCUUUGCGUAUCCCGUAUCACCACGUUCUGCCAAGCACGCUGUUUUUCGUGGAUCUUGAGGGGAAGAAGGAUAUCGACGCUUUCGUCGCAAACGAGGAUACAGAAUACGUGGACCAUCUUGGCCGGUUGGUUUUGGUAGAUGAAUUUCAAGGCACGCGCAAUCUCAUUCGGAAGCCGCCACCAGAAAUUGAUCCAGCGAGAAGGGAAUAUUACGCCGUGUGAUUUAUCAUAUUUUUACUCAUGCCUGACACAUCGGUUUAUACGGUUCUACUCGAACCCAAUUCGUCCCAUCAGGUUCGGCUUGGCCGCGAAGCAGUGGACCUUCAACCUUAACCUUAACAUCAUCGUGAGUUUUCCUCUAGCGGUCCUAUAAAUAUCUUCAACUUCUUCUGUUUCAGUUUGAUUAAGGGCAAAUUAGCAUCAAUGACAACUCCAAGAUCAGUUCCUUAUGCAAGCUACAAAAUGCGUGUCUUUAUGUGUUUCCUCUCUAAGAAAACUACAUCAGUUCCCGAAAACGCCAUACGCCACUCGACUUGAGCACGCGCUAUAUGCUAGCCUUUCCGACGGCUGUGCUACCUGAUAUCUUUGUUGGUGGGGUUUCCUCCUUCGACAGUCGCAUCCUUAGUACCUUAGCGGUGUCAAACGUCGUGAGCGUAAUGCGUUGGACGAAACUGGGUACAUCAGCAGCAGCAGAAAGUGGAUUCACGGAAAUGUGGAAGAAUAAUGUACUACAACUUCUCUUGAGGUCGCCACUGCUCGUAACCCUUGCCCUUCUUGAUGAUCUAGUUUAAAUUUAGAUGUGAUUAUACUAUUUCUUUUCCUUGUUUAGUGCUUGAUUUUUCGUAAUACUUGGUGGCCAUCCACAGAUCCAGCCUCUCCUCGAUGCGGAAGUUGUGAACGAGGCGAUGCAGGAGACGAAUAAGGGCCCUGCUUUUCACUAUUCUGUGGAAGUCGAAGACUCAAGCGAUUUUCCCUAUGAGCGGUUCCGAGAGCGCAUUUUCGAAGGUCUCAAAUGGAUGUGCUUGGAUCUGAAUGCUCUGAAUAGUCACAGUCUAGCUCGCCGCGACUUUCAGGAGUUGCAUACGGAAGCGUCAAUCCAUCUGCAGCAGUCGUUCUUGAGCACGAAAGUGAAACCGGUCUUGGAUAUUUUGCUCGAAGCAGCGAAACGAGUGAAGGAGGACUUGCCCAAACUUGAGAUCGAGGAGCAAAAGCUGUUACAAGAGCAAGCGGCCGAAGAGCAAGCGGCGUUGUUAGGUCUAGGUGACGUAGGAGGUGGAGAUGCUGCUGCCGGAGGCAACGGUGCUGGUAUGGAAAUAGACAGUUUUUGGGGAGUACCUAGUUGUACCGGAGCAGGUUCUGCUCCUUCUGGUGGCGGUGAUGGAGAGGGCGGAGCUUCUGGCGCACCAGGUCAACACCUCGGUCUCGGAGGAGCUGCAGCAGUAGUACCAAAUGGAGCUCCUUGUCCACCAGGGGCACCUGGAACAGUACCAGGAAUGCAGCCACCAGGAAUGCACCAGGGUUUGUUUCUUCCUAAUGGAAUGAUGCCGAUGCCUCCCCCACCUAUGGGUGGCCCCGGCAUGAAAGGCGCGCCAGCACCGCAUCCUGCUCCACACUUUGGAGGUAAAAUAAAUAUGAUGCACCAUCCUGCUAACCCUUUCGCACCACCACCACCACCUUUUCAUCAAGGGGGGACGAACUAUCCACCGUUUGGACCUCCUGGACCUGGAGUUCAUUUUCCUCCUGCUGCUUUUCCUCCUUUUACCCCUCAAAUGAAGGGAGGUUUUCCUCCUGGUGCUUUUCCCCCACCAGGAGGCGGUAAAAACGCAGCACCAGGUCUACCUCUUGGUCCUCCAGGACCUCAACAUGGAAUGAGUGCAAGUAAUGAAGCAGGAAGAACAUCACAUCUUCCGCAAGAAGAGCUUUCUUCAGGAGCAACGACAGAUGGCAUGACAUCAUCUUCCGCAUCUUUUAUUGACGUCACAACUAUGAGCGUGACAGAGAAAGAGCAAAAGGAAGAAAAAGAAGCACCUGCUUCUAAGCAGGUCGUCAAGAAAAAAGCAAACCUAUAUGCAGCGUUCAAUACCGGCGGCGGCACGUCGUCGAGUUCCUCUGGUAAAGACCAUCAUGCAGAUCGGUCAAGUCCGAUGGACGGAGGAAAAGGAGGCAAAUUCAACGACUAUCACGACGGGAGGUCGAAUAAUUAUGGCAGGGCUAUAAUAGCUAUAGCACAAGAACCACAAGUUGUAUUUAGAACUAGAUGAAGAGACGCUAAUUAAGUCUACUUGAUGAACUUGUACCUCGUGCUAGGUAAAUGAAUGAAUGAUUGGCAUGGACUUGGACACUACAUCCCCACUCACUUUCACUCAUUGUGAUUUUCAAAUUCAGAGUUGGCUAUCACGACCUUUCAACGCAUCCAAAGGCUCUGCCUCUCUCUCUGUCCCAAGUUUUCCUUCUAAAGGACGCGUCACCGUGCUCCGGAUGCCAUAGAGCCAGAUGCAAAACGACCGAAGAUUCUCCAAACUGCCAAAGUGCAGCAUGCCGCAAACGUCAUAGGUUCUCUGAAACUCGAUACACUUACUUCUGCCUUUCAGAAGAAUCGAAUUGACCGCGACUUCUUCCAACUUCGCGCGGAGGCAGGGUAAUUUUGCAUAGUUUGCGAUUUUACUUUGCGAUUUUAGAUGGAGGUUUGCAAACCCAAAAAAAAAAAAGAUGACCCAGAACCCGAAUUCCACUGCUGCUGCUUCAUGUUGUUAUUAUAUUGUAAGUACUUUUUAAUUAGGCACUUACGAUUUCUUCUCCGAAGUCGAACCUCCUAUGCUCGCCAUCAAAACCAUCCCUAUAUUCCAGGUUCAUCCCAGUAGGCGAGGAGAAGAUGCUGAAAAAAGCGCAGCCAAUAGAAGUGGAUGACACUAACUGGCUAGACGAUUGGAUUGCGAGCUACCUAGAUACUGGUGGCCAAGACCCAGUAAAAGAUAGCAACAUGGAAAAUAUGUUGGCGGCUGUUGAAGACCAGAUACAGCAGGUGGGCGGUGCCUCAGGAUCAUCUGGAGGAGAGCAGGCUGUCAUAUCAUCUUCUAGUGAACAGCGAGGAGAAGGAUCACACCUAAAAAUUCAGCAGGAGCAGGACGAAACAAUGGCUGAGGUCUCGUCAGUAGACUUCUUGUCCUCAAUUUAAGGGUAGGUUAAAGGUGCUUUUCUUACCGCUUUUUAUGCCUCUCCUAAGGGAGAAAGGCAUAAAAAGCGGGGUAAGCGAGCACCAAAAACCUACCUCUAAUCAAUAGCGUCACAUGGCGGACUCCUGGAAGCGGUGGAGGACAGCAAGAAGCAGCAUGGAGUACUAGAGGCAGGAAGAACUUUACUAGCAAUAACAAGUGGACGAUGUGAAGAAGAAGAUGCUGCUAAUGGAAGUUUCACGUCGUCGUCUGCUUCGUCCUCUUCUUGUUCCAGUAAGGAUCCUAGUAACAGACGAGCUUCUCUGACUGGAAAGGGUAACAACACAAAGAAGAACUUCUUAGCUGACGUACAUGUUCCGGAUCUACCUGAGAGAGCUCCUGGCUAUGACGCUUUAAACAGCGGAUUGCUUCGCGACUUCUAUACUUGCUUGGAAAAAAGUAGUCGACAUUAUGGCAUUUAACAAAUAAGAACACGACUCUACUUGCGUUUCUUCAUCUCUUUCCACCUAAAUGGCAUGUUAAUACUGGAACAUCAAGUCACUACUACUACUGCACUGAAACUGAAUUUUGUGCGAGAUUAAUUGUAUUGAUGUAUUCUACAGUUAUUCGCAUUCCCAUCUUUUACCCGAAAAUCCAACAAUGCUCCAAUACAGGAAUAAUACUGUCGCGCCUUCUCAUUUAGAAGAGUUCACUACGUAUGGAUAUCUAUUAUAGGUCUACUUAUUUUCGUUCCCACGACCUUUUCUAAUGCUGAAACUUCGAUUGUCGGGAAAGCGAACAUCCCUUAACCUUGUUCGAAGUCCUGGAUCUGGAUGCGCAGCAACGAGUAGUCAUGGAACGGUUCCUGGAGGCCUGUCAUCCCAUCAAAUUUGACCUGGUGCAAGAAGGAGCAGCAGUAUUGAGACACGCGUUGUGGCAGGUACUUCUUGUUGUGAAUGUAGUUGUGCAUUUGAUUUGAUGAUGUAGUUUUUGUCUAUUUAAUCUUAAUCAUGUUCCUCGUUGCAAGUAGAGCUGCAAGAACUCUCUCACAGCUCAACAACAAAAUCAAUGCUGGACCACUCUUUGAUCUUUCGUAUCUUCUUCAAUCUGACUCCCACUAUUUUUCUAUGAAUUCCUCCUCCUCACGCCAGAUCUACGGCAGCUACAACCCUGAUGCAGAGGUGACGCGGCAGAAGGUGCUGUUGCACUGCACAGACGGCCGAUCCAUGUCUCCCUGUCUUAUCAUAGCGUAUCUCAUGUUCGUAUCGGGUGUCUCCUACGAAACAGCUUAUGCAUUCGUGAAACGCCAGCAUCCCCGCACCUGCAUCCGGGAAGAAUACGUGAAGCACUUGGAGCGAAUGCGUGAAGAGCGCUGCAUCUAGAACGGAUGUGCGAAGAGCGUUCUACUUGCAUCUACGACCUCUUUUUCACUAGCUACUGAAUUACCUACUAUCCUCUAGAAGUAGAAGAUCAUACUUAAUAGCCUUAGGGAUGGAAAUAGAUUGUGCUUGUUUUGCUGCUCUUUGAUUUAUGAAUUUGAACUUCUCUUGAACUUUGUCCAUUACCAUAAUUUUUGCAUUGAAUGAAAAAUUAAGGACUCGUCCACCCGACGCCGUCAUCCACGUCAGAAGCGCAGUAAAAAUGAUCACUCAGACCGACAAAUGUGCGAGUGCCAUAUAAAUAUCAUUUACGCGUACGCCGGCGAGUAUUGCUAUUGUUCUUAUCUUCUAACUUAGGGAAUAAGAUGGCAUCAUAAGGUCGUAAAUAACUCAAAAUCAAAUAUAAUGAUUUAAUGAACUUGCUGUUUGCUGGUGCAGCUCCUGCUACUUGAUAUUGGUAGUGCUGCAGUUACACUUCAUAGUACGAACAUGAUUUAAUGUCACUUGAACUUGUUUAGACUGGAGAACUUUGAUAGCUCUUUGUUUUCUCACUAUUUAGAAGAGGUAUUUUCCUCCACGUACCUGUUCUAAGUAGCCUAGCGUUACUCGGUUCUUCUUCAAACAUUGGCUUUUGUAUUUGUUCUUGAUUUUUUGAUGAAGUUCUUGGUCGUUAAUAGGUGGCCAUCUUUUCAUUCAUCGGUAGAAAGAUUUUUAUUUUUUCGCUAUCCCCACAUGCAUGCCGCGGUUGCACAGAACUCUCUUCAAUAUCGAAAUAGAAUGAAUGUAUGACGUCCUCUCCGCGUGUGCUUGCACAGGAGGUGGAAUAGGCUAUCUUAUACAAGAACCUGCAUGGAGAGAUUGAGCGUUAGGGCGUGCACGUCAAAAUAAAUGCAUGGAGAUCAUCUACUUGUUGCCCGAAGCUGGAUAGCUAGCAUUGCACAAAGUCACAGUAGGUCCCUGGAUAGCUAGCGAUCUACUUGUUUUGUACAGAUUGCACAAAGUCACCGUAGGUCCCUGCUGAUUUUUGACGCCACUGCUUGACCACAACACGACACAGCACGACACUAGCGGACUCACAUUGAACUUUUUUGUUUCAAGAAACUACAGCAUACUAGAACGAGGUUUGUUGAAAUUUUUAUCAUCUGGCAGCCAGCAAGGGCCAGCCUCAGAUACUCGAACUCAAAUGUUGUCUACUUCAAUUUCAUUUCCCCCUUCAUCAAAGGAACUAUCUUUCGUUUCAAUCUAUCAUGCAUGAUGGUUAAGGUGGUUAUUUGCAGAAUGUGGAAGUGGAUCUCCAUUUUGAUACAGCAUUCCUCUUCAUACCCUUGAAUGAAAGGAAAGAAAUUUCUCAUUGUUUAAAACUUCAGCAGAAUUAUGAAUUACACUUUCUAGAGCUAGAAAAAAAAUGUGUAUCUGAAUCUGAAGGUAGUCACUCAUUAUUAUAGUCGAUUUUCUCGAGUUUUUUUAAGGUUGAAGAUUACUACUUUUUAUCUAGUUGAUAGAUUUGCAGCUCCCUCCUGGCCCUGGCUAUCCUAAAAAUGAAAAUCAAAUCAAAGGAUGAUCGUGGUCACAGUGAGAACCGUGAUAUUGCUGAUCUUCACUUCUUCCAUCUGAUAUUAAAUGACAUGAAGAAUAGCUCUAUCUCAUGAUGAGACUGCUGCCCUUCGAACUGCUUGCUCCAGUGAUGCGGUCAACAAAGAUCUCCGGCAUUGUACAAGUUUCUCUAUCUGAAGAUGUUUCUCAAUCUGAAGAUUAGAAGUGUUAUUGCUGUGCACAAAUAAGUAAC